GAUGCGCGUUGGUCCAUGUUGCGCCUCCGCGGGUCUGGAAGUUAGGGGCUGGAGGUCCCGGUCGGCUUGCCGCUGUCUGCGGGUUUCCUCCCCGCCCUUCCCCCGGGCGCGUCCGUCCUCUGCAGCCCGCCUUCCCCACCCCGGGCCGCCCCUGGAGCUCGCGUUUCUCUACCCCAAGAAUUGCCCUUAUUGAAGGCUCCGUGGAAGGUUCUUAAGAAGAUAAAGAAGGUAGUGGAAACAAGCCUCCUGAGCUUUUCCAGCCCUAAAUGGCAGCAGAGUCAAGAAAGUCGUUAGCCCCAUCCCCACCUGACCAAGCUCCUGAAGAAGACCUUGUAAUUGUCAAGGUAGAGGAAGAUCAUGGCUGGGACCAGGAAUCUAGUCUGCAUGAAAAUAACCCUCCUGGCCAAGAGCUGUUCCGCCUGCGCUUUAGGAAGUUAUGCUACCAGGAGACAUUAGGACCCCGAGAAGCUCUGAUCCAGCUCCGCGCACUUUGCCAUCAGUGGCUAAGGCCAGAUUUGAACACCAAGGAGCAGAUCUUGGAGUUGCUAGUGUUAGAGCAGUUCUUGACCAUUCUGCCUGAGGAGCUCCAGACUCUGGUGAGGGAACAUCAGCUAGAGAACGGAGAGGAGGUGGUGACCCUACUGGAGGAUCUGGAAAGGCAGAUUGACAUACUAGGACGGCCAGUCUCAGCCCGUGCACAUGGACAUGGACGUGGACUCUGGGAGGAGGUGGUGCAUUCAGAGUCUGCACCAGAGCUUCCAAAUACUCCGCUCCGACCUGGGGCAGCCCAGCACAAAUCUCCAGUGCCCCAGGGGCCACAAGAGAGAGCCAUCUCUGCUUCUCAGAGUCCUACCCCUUCCCAGAAGGGAAGUCCUGGAGACCAGGAGAUGACAGCAACACUUCUCACAGCAGGGUUCCAGACUUUGGAGAAGAUCGAAGACAUGGCUGUGUCCCUAAUUCGAGAGGAGUGGCUUCUUGAUCCAUCACAGAAGGAUCCCAGCAGAGACAGUAGGCCAGAGAAUUACAGAAACAUGUUCUCCCUGGCUGGUGAGACCAGGAAUGAGAACAGGGAAUUAUCUUCGAAACAGGUAAUAUCUCCUGGAAUCCAACCACAUGGAGAGACAGCUGCCAAAUGCAACGGGGAUGUUAUCGGGGGUCUUGAGCAUGGAGAAGCCCGAGAUCUUCUGGGCAGAUUAGAAAGGCAGCGGGGAAAUCCCACCCAGGAGAGACGACAUAAAUGUGAUGAAUGUGGGAAGAGCUUUGCUCAGAGCUCAGGCCUUGUUCGCCACUGGAGAAUCCACACUGGGGAGAAACCCUAUCAAUGUAAUGUGUGUGGUAAAGCCUUCAGUUACAGGUCAGCCCUUCUUUCCCAUCAGGAUAUCCACAACAAAGUAAAACGCUAUCACUGUAAGGAGUGUGGUAAAGCCUUCAGUCAAAACACAGGCCUGAUCCUGCAUCAGAGAAUCCAUACUGGGGAGAAGCCGUAUCAGUGCAAUCAGUGUGGGAAGGCUUUCAGUCAGAGUGCGGGCCUUAUUCUGCACCAGAGAAUCCACAGUGGGGAGAGACCCUAUGAAUGUAAUGAGUGUGGGAAAGCUUUCAGUCAUAGCUCUCACCUCAUUGGACAUCAGAGAAUCCACACUGGGGAGAAGCCCUAUGAGUGUGAUGAGUGUGGGAAAACCUUCAGGCGGAGCUCACAUCUUAUUGGCCAUCAGAGGAGCCACACUGGGGAGAAACCCUACAAAUGCAAUGAGUGUGGGAGGGCCUUCAGUCAGAAGUCAGGCCUUAUUGAACAUCAGAGAAUCCACACUGGAGAAAGACCCUAUAAAUGUAAAGAAUGUGGGAAAGCUUUCAAUGGGAACACUGGCCUCAUACAGCAUCUGAGAAUUCACACUGGGGAGAAGCCCUAUCAAUGUAAUGAGUGUGGGAAAGCCUUUAUUCAGAGGUCAAGCCUUGUUCGACAUCGGAGAAUCCACACUGGAGAGAAACCCUAUGAGUGUCAUCACUGCGGAAAAGCCUUCAGUGUGCGCUCAACCCUCACUGUGCAUGAAAGAAUCCACACUGGUGAGAAGCCCUAUACUUGUAAUGAAUGUAGGAAAGGCUUCAGUGUGAGGGCACACCUGAUCAUCCAUCAGAGAAUCCACAAUGGAGAGAAACCCUAUGAGUGUAAUGAAUGUGGCAAAGCCUUUAGCGUGAGCUCAGACCUUAUCAAACAUCAGAGAAUACACUCUGGUGAAAAGCCCUAUGAGUGUGACAAGUGUGGGAAAGCCUUCAGCGUGAGCUCAGCCCUCAUCAAACAUCAGAGAAUCCACACAGGAGAGAAGCCGUAUGAGUGUAAGGAGUGUGGGAAGGCCUUCUACGUGAACUCCGCCCUUAUUAAUCAUCAGAGGAUUCACUCUGGAGAAAAGCCCUAUGAGUGUGGAGAAUGCAGGAAAGCAUUCAGCCAAAUCUCCACCCUUAUCCAUCACCAGAGAAUCCACACUGGAGAGAAACCGUAUGAGUGUGAUGAGUGUGGGAAAGCUUUCCGUGGGAGUUCAAAUCUUACCAAACACCAGAAAAUACAUGGCAAAGGAAAGUGUCUUCAGUGAUUUAUGUGGUGAAGAUAUUCCAAAGGCCUUUUUUGUAUCAGAAGUUAACACCAAAAGAAGGGUAUGGUAAAAGUUAGUGUUUUAAUUGAUACUUGGUCCCUUAGAAUAUUGAAGAAGUGAAAAAGUCAAUGAAAAUGACUCCAGAAUGGUGACUAGUUAAAGUUCUAAAAUCACAUCUACUGAGAAUGCCACUUUACAACUCAUAAGGGUGGAGGUUUGCAGACAGACUCUUCGGGGAUCAGCACUGAAGAGAUGCUAUAUCCCACCCCAAACCAGCACAGCUGAAUCCUAAGCAAUAAGUGAUGGUGACUCCUGGCCCUAAACAAGGAGUCCAUUUCAAAGCAGAGUUUUGCAGAAUUCCACCGCCAAGUGAGGGAGAAGCCCCUUGAGGAAUCAGCUUAUGGUGCUUCAAGCCAAGCCAGAGUAUCUCUCUGAUAAAGGGACCUAAGACACUUGGGAGAAUUUGCCCUGAAGUUCACUUCUGUCACUGCUCUGGGAGUGGGAAAUAUUCCCUUACCUUGUGUACAAUUUCUACUUGUAAUAAACUAAUAAAAGAAGCAGCUGCUCAGUCUAAAAUGAGUGAUCUAAAAAUAUCUCUCCCUAAUAAAACAAACCGUGGAACACCAGUGGUCCUGACUAAGCACCAGCAUGUCCAGACUUGAGGAAAUCCUAUGAGUAUUCUCAGCCUGGAAAGACCUUCAGUGUAAACCUAAGGCCCAUUACACUACACAACAGAGAAGCCAUUCCUGAAGAAGAGUCCCACCAGAGUAAAGAAUGUGGCAAAGCCUUCAGAUACUGGACUGGUCUUGUCAGAUAGCAGAGAACUGUUGGGGAUAUCUUCAGUGUCAUAAACAUUCCAUGUGAGCUCAAGUCUCAUUAAACAUAGAUUCCCUUUGGACAGGAGCAAGUAGGGAGGUCUUCAUUUGGAAGCAGUGCUUAUUACCAGAAAACCCAUAAAUAUAAAAAAAGUGGGAAGGCCUUCACUAAAAUCAGUCUUCUGUAUGGGUAAAUCCACAUUGCAGCAAAACCCUGUAUGUGUGACUGCUUUGGGGACACUUUCAGCAUUACCUCAAUUCUUAAAGUGUAUUAAAGAUUCCAUACAGAGAAAAGCUCUUUGAGUGUAAGUGAUUUGGAAAAGCCUCCAGUCAAAGUUCAGAUCUUACCAAACAUCAGUCUGCAUUGGAGAGGAGCCUUAUUCCUGGGACAGGUGCGGGAAAACCUUUCAAUGAACUCAUCUCUUACCCGACAUCAGAGGAUACAGAACAAAUAAAAACCUCAAUUGUGAAAUAAUGUGGUAAAGGUACAGGACUUUUUCAACAUAAAGCAUCACCAUUAAGAAAAAACUCAGCUGGGACACCUGGCUGUCUCUAUUGGAAAAGCAUUUGAUUCUUGAUCUCAGGGUCGUGAGUUCGAGUCCCACAUUGGGUAUAGAGAUUACUAAAAAAAAAAAAAAAUUGCAUCAAUCAUUUUAGCAUUAUUUUAUGGAAUUACAGAUAAGUGCUAUUAGAGACUGUCAGGUCACUUCAUGGGCCAAGUUGAAACAUAUCUAUGACAGAUCUCCAUGGGAUUUAACUGUCUUUGUCACAGCUUUCAUUUUCUGUAGUA